AUUUUUGAACUGGCCCCUGGGGUCCUGUCUUAGCUGCCUUUUAACUUGCUCUUGGAUUCAACCUGGGGGAUUCUUCCCUCCUCCAGCAGCCUCACAGCCCCAUCGGAACAUUCGCAUCACCAGGACUACUGGGGAAACCGGUUGCCUGUUCACUCAAGGGGCACACGAUGGCUUUGCCGUUCUACCAGAAGUUCCACGAGCACUAUGAUCGAAGUUAUCGCAACAAGGACCUCCACACCACCAUGAGCCAGUACCAGCAGGAGAAGAAGCGCUCUGCCAUCUACACCCAGGGCUCCACCGCCUAUAGCAGCCGCUCCUCGGCCGCCCACCGCCAGGAAUCCGAGGCCUUCAGCCAGGCUUCCUCCGCCUCCGCCUACCAGCAUCAGGGUUCUCGGGCGUACAGUUUGGGAGCCACAGAACACUCCCUUGGGUCUGAAGUCAGUCGGAAGGUGGCCUCGGCCUACGAUUAUGGACUUACAGAUUCCAGUCUGCUGUUAGAAGAUUAUUCAUCGAAGCUCAGUCCCAAAACAAAGAGAGCCAGGAAGAGCCUGCUUUCUGGAGAAGAGAAGGAGAAUUUGCCCAGCGACUACAUGGUGCCCAUUUUCUCAGGACGCCAAGUACAUGUCAGUGGGAUUACAGAUACGGAAGAAGAAAGAGUUAAAGAAGCGGCUGCCUACAUAGCCCAGCGGAAUCUUCUGGCCAGUGAAGAAGAGCUCUCGACGUCCAAACAGUCGACAGCAUCCAAGCGAUCCGUGGUCUCCAAACAGGCCACGUCCGAGAUUCAACAGGAGGAGACUUUUGAGAAGAAGUCCCGGAAAGUUGCCAUUCGAGAAAAGGCAGAACGGCUGGCGCUGAGGAAAACAAUAGAAGAAACCGAGGCCUACCAUCGAAAGUUGAAUGAAGAUAGCCUGCUUCAUGCUCCGGAGUUCAUCAUCAAGCUGCGUUCGCACACAGUGUGGGAGAAAGAGAGUGUGAAGCUGCACUGCUCCGUCGCAGGCUGGCCAGAGCCUCGAGUCACGUGGUAUAAAAACCAGGUUCCCAUAAAUGUCCACACAAAUCCUGGAAAAUAUAUUAUUGAAAGUCGAUAUGGAAUGCACACGCUGGAGAUUAAUGCAUGUGAUUUCGAAGACACAGCUCAGUACCGGGCCUCCGCAAUGAACGUCAAAGGGGAGCUGUCAGCAUAUGCUUCCGUUGUCGUCAAGAGAUAUAAAGGAGAGUUUGAUGAGACUUGCUUCCAUGCUGGGGCUUCCACCCUGCCCCUCAGCUUUGCUGUUACUCCUCAUGGUUAUGCCUCCAAGUUUGAGAUCCACUUUGAUGACAAGUUUGAUGUGUCCUUUGGGAGAGAAGGCGAGACCAUGAGUCUCGGUUGCCGUGUAGUCAUCACUCCUGAAAUUAAACAUUUCCAGCCAGAGAUUCAGUGGUACCGAAACGGAGCACCUGUUUCACCGUCCAAGUGGGUGCAGACCCACUGGAGUGGAGAACGCGCCACACUGACCUUUUCUCACCUCAACAAAGAAGAUGAAGGCCUCUAUACGAUCCGCGUGCGGAUGGGAGAAUAUUACGAACAGUACAGCGCGUAUGUCUUUGUUCGAGAUGCCGAUGCCGAGAUUAAAGGCGCACCAGCUUCCCCCUUGGAUGUGGUAUGCUUAGAUGCCAACAAAGAUUACAUCAUCAUCUCUUGGAAGCAGCCAGCCGUUGACGGAGGGAGUCCUAUUCUGGGAUAUUUUAUAGAUAAAUGUGAAGUGGGCACAGACACCUGGUCUCAGUGCAACGACACACCCGUGAAGUUUGCCCGGUUCCCUGUCACGGGGCUGAUCGAAGGCCGCUCCUAUAUAUUCCGCGUCCGAGCUGUGAAUACGAACGGAAUCGGUCUACCUUCCCGAGUAUCGGAGCCUGUGGCUGCCCUGGAUCCAGCUGAAAAGGCUAAACUCAAAACUCGCCCUUCAGCACCCUGGACUGGCCAAAUCAUUGUCACCGAAGAGGAACCUACAGAGGGAAUUAUUCCUGGGCCCCCCACAGACCUCUCUGUAACUGAGGCCACCCAGAGCUAUGUGGUGCUUAGCUGGAAGCCCCCUGGCCAGCGUGGCCACGAGGGCAUCAUGUACUUUGUGGAAAAGUGCGAAGCGGACACACACAACUGGCAGCGGGUCAACACAGAGCUCCCGGUGAAGUCGCCCCGCUUCGCGCUCUUCGACUUGACCGAAGGCAAAUCCUACAGCUUCCGCGUCCGCUGCGCCAAUUCGGCCGGAGUUGGGGAGCCGUCGGAAGCGACCGCAGUGACUGUGGUAGGGGACAAGCUUGAUAUUCCCAAGGCUCCCAGCAAAAUCAUCCCAAGCAGAAACACAGACACCUCCGUGGUAGUUAGUUGGGAAGAACCCAGAGACGUGAAGGAGCUGGUGGGGUACUACAUCGAGGGCAGCGUGGUGGGCUCGGGCGCGUGGGAGCCCUGCAACAACAACCCGGUGAAGGGCUCACGAUUUACUUGUCAUGGCUUGGUGACUGGUCAGAAAUACAUUUUCCGAGUCAGAGCAGUGAAUGCAGCUGGACUCAGUGACUAUUCGCAGGAUUCAGAAGCCAUUGAAGUAAAAGCGGCUAUUGGGGGAGGCGUGUCUCAAGAAGUGUGUCCAGAACUGAGUGACAUACCUGGCGGACUAACAGACUUCCGGAGAGGCAUGCAUGAAGCCUCUCAGCCAACCUCUAAGAAAGAUGCUUUGCUUAGUAGCAAACUUAACAAGCCUACACAGCCCACUAGCUCUCCCAGACAGAAGGGCAAAAGUGAAGUGAGUACAGUAAGUGAGCCCGUUCAGGAAGAGCCCGCCCCACCGCCACAGAAAGCAGCUUCUAAGGUGAAAAGUAAGUCUGACCCUCCGAAAACAAAGAAGGACCGAGCGGCACCAUCUCCACCCUGUGAUAUCACUUGUCUUGAAAGUUUUCGUGACUCGAUGGUUCUUGGUUGGAAGCAUCCAGAUAAGAUUGGAGGGGCAGAAAUUACUGGCUAUUAUGUGAACUAUCGUGAAGUAAUUGGCGGGGUGCCAGGAAAAUGGAGAGAAGCCAAUAUUAAGGCUGUCAGUGACCAGGCAUACAAGAUUAGCAAUUUGAAGGAGAACAUGGUGUAUCAGUUCCAAGUGGCUGCCAUGAAUAUGGCUGGACUAGGAGAAUUCUCAGCAGCAAGUGAAUCCUUUACUUGUGAAGAGUGGACAAUUGCUGUUCCAGGACCUCCUCAAAAUCUCAAGUACAGUGAAGUGCGGAAGAACUCCCUGGUGCUCCAGUGGAAGCCUCCCAUCCACUCUGGGCGGACACCAGUGACUGGUUACUUUGUGGACUUGAAGGAGGCCAAUGCCAAAGAUGACAAAUGGCGAGGACUCAAUGAGGCAGCUACCAAAAACAAGUACCUGAAGGUGCAAGGCCUCAAGGAGGGUGGCAGCUACGUCUUCCGUGUCCGUGCCAUAAACCAGGCAGGUGUCGGGAAGCCGUCUGAACUUGCUGGGCCUGUGGUGGCACAAACCCUUCCAGGAACCAAAGAGAUUGUUGUGAGUGUGGACGACGAUGGAGUCAUUUCUUUGAACUUUGAGUGUGAUAAGAUGUCACCAAAUUCUGAGUUCACCUGGUCCAAGGAUUAUGUAUCAAUUGAGGAUUCUGCACGGCUAGUAGCUGAAAGUAAAGGCAACAAGACAAAAAUGACGUUUAAAGACCUUGGGAUGGAAGACUUGGGAAUUUACUCCUGUGAUGUAACAGGCACUGAUGGAAUAGCUGCGAGCUACUUAAUAGAUGAGGGAGAGGUGAAACGCUUACUUGCUCUCAGCCAGGAACACAAAUUUCCAACUGUUCCAGUUAAAUCAGAGUUGGCAGUUGAAAUUUUGGAGAAGGGGCAGGUCCGGUUUUGGAUGCAGGCAGAGAAGUUGUCUGGCAAUGCUAAAGUUAACUACAUAUUUAAUGAGAAGGAAAUCUUUGAAGGGCCGAAAUAUAAGAUGCAUAUUGACCGAAACACUGGUAUCAUUGAAAUGUUCAUGGAGAAGCUACAGGAUGAGGAUGAGGGGACGUACACGUUUCAGCUUCAAGAUGGAAAAGCAACUGGCCACUCCACUCUGGUCCUCAUUGGAGAUGUUUAUAGAAAGCUCCAGAAAGAAGCUGAAUUCCAGCGGCAAGAAUGGAUCAGGAAACAAGGUCCACAUUUUGCUGAGUAUUUGAGCUGGGAAGUAACUGGGGAAUGUAACGUACUAUUGAAAUGCAAGGUGGCAAAUAUUAAGAAGGAAACGCAUGUUGUGUGGUACAAAGAUGAGAGAGAGAUAUCAGUGGAUGAGAAACAUGAUUUUAAGGAUGGUAUAUGUACCCUGCUUAUAACAGAGUUUUCAAAGAAAGAUGCUGGAUUUUAUGAAGUGAUCCUGAAAGAUGACCGAGGGAAAGAUAAGAGCAGAUUAAAGCUUGUGGAUGAAGCCUUUAAAGAGCUGAUGACUGAAGUAUGUAAAGUAAUCGCUUUGUCAGCUACAGACCUGAAAAUCCAGAGCACCGCGGAGGGGAUACGGCUCUACUCCUUCGUGACUUACUACUUGGAUGAUUUGAAAGUCAACUGGUCCCACAACGGAACUGCUAUUAAGUACACCGACAGAGUGAAGAGUGGGGUCACCGGGGAACAGAUCUGGUUACAGAUCAACGAGCCCACCCCCAACGACAAAGGGAAAUAUGUAAUGGAGCUCUUUGAUGGCAAAACUGGACACCAGAAGACAGUCGAUCUCUCUGGUCAAGCAUAUGACGAAGCCCUUGCUGAAUUCCAGAGGUUAAAGCAGGCUGCCGUUGCCGAAAAAAAUCGGGCCCGGGUGCUGGGCGGCCUCCCAGAUGUGGUCACCAUUCAGGAGGGAAAGGCCCUCAACCUCACUUGCAACGUGUGGGGUGACCCCGCUCCAGAGAUCUCCUGGAUGAAGAAUGAGAAGGCUCUGGCCUCGGACGACCACUGCAACCUCAAAUUCGAGGGAGGAAAGAAGGCUUUCUUCACCAUCACGGGGGUGAGCUCCGCCGACUCAGGCAAGUACGGCCUGGUGGUGAAGAACAAGUUCGGCUCCGAGACCAGCGACUUCACCAUCAGUGUGUUCAUCCCGGAGGAGGAGGCCAGGAAGGCGGUUUCCGAGCCCCAAAAAGGAAAGAAGAAGUCCAAGUGACUGUGGUCAUGUGGGUGAUGUCCCAGGAGAACCGAUGCUUUGUGCUGCCUGUGUGGAGGGUUUGAGUUAAAUCGAAGAAGGCCUUUGUAGUUUCUACUUUCUUUUUGUGCUGUAUGUGGGGGGAAUUGUUGAAUCUUUCAUUCUUAUAUAUAUGAAUGGUACCAACAAAUGACAUUUUAAUAGUUUUUUCUUUAUCUACAAAUUAUGCAAAAAAAAAAUGCCAUUGGUAGCAAACACAUUAGAAAUGGUUUUAAGGAAGAGACCAGAAUGAAGAUGGAAGGGUGUGGAAGGAUGAUCAGAGAACAGAAGAAUGUAUUGUGGAGUUAAGUUUGGAUUUAGUUGGAGCUUUACCAGUAAAUUCUCAUGGAUUGCAAUUUUACUUAUCAAAUCAGAGACAAAUGGUUAAGCCAGCCAAUUUAUCCCGUGUGUUGUUACAGUGUAACUGGAAACCUUCUUGGUCUAAAUAAAGAGGUCACACUCCUUUUCUCCUCACCA